UGACAGCUCAUCAUCAACUGUCGUUUUUAUUUUGCGGCGUCCGUCCACAUCAACAGCGGCGGUAAUUUACAACAAAAAAGUAAAAAAUGGAAUCAUUAUUUGCAAUUCCCUUCUCUGUUCUUGAAUUACCGAAUAUUAAAAUCAAAAAGCCGUCAUGGUUGCAAGCUCCGUCGGCGAUGACAACGUUUUCGCUGGUGUUGUUUUCAUACUUUUUAGUCACAGGAGGUAUAAUAUAUGACGUCAUAGUGGAGCCACCAAGUGUUGGAUCUACCACAGAUGAACAUGGUCACAGCAGACCUGUAGCGUUCAUGCCAAACAGAGUGAACGGCCAGUACAUCAUGGAAGGAUUGGCAUCUAGCUUCCUUUUCUCUCUCGGAGGCCUGGGCUUUAUAAUCCUUGAUCGUACUCACAACCCCACUACACCCAAGUUAAACAGAAUUUUACUGAUAUCUGUUGCUUUCUUGUGUAUACUUGUCUCUUUCUUCACCACCUGGAUAUUUAUGAGGAUGAAGUUGCCUGGAUAUUUGCAGAACUAAGUUUUUUCAAUGUGGAAACUAAGUAAUAUUUUAUUUGCUUUGUAAUAAUAAGUUGAAAUAUAUUUUAUAUACACAA